AUGUUAACAAUAUUCGUCUACGCCAUUAUUAUUGCUCUUGUGAUACUCGGCCUUGUCGUUUACUUCAGUCUGAUUCACAAAGAAAAGCAAGUUUACAAUAUCUUAAAAUCUCAAAAUAUACCAGGCGAACCAUUCGUUCCUAUCAUUGGCCAAUUACCUAAAAUGCGUGAAUAUUCUAAAGCUGAUAAGAGCAUGGAGUAUCACGUUGAUUUGCAAUCGAAAUACGGCAGUGUUUAUCUCGUCUCAUUUGGUCCUGUCAUACGUCUCGUAAUUAUUCAACCGAAUCUAAUAGCUGAUGUUCUCAAAAAAUACACAAAAUUCUACGUAAAACCUCCUCUAUUUCGUACCGUAUUCAUGUCAAUAAUGGGUGAACACAAUCUGCUUGUCAUUGAAGGUGACGCUCACGAUCGCGCGCGAAAAAUGUUGAAUCCCGCUUUUCAUUUCAUCAAUUUACAAUCGAUGGUAUCGAUUAUGAUUAAGCAGACAGCGUUAGCUGUCGAUAAAUGGGGCAAAACAGCAAACACUGUUGAUCUCCAAAAAGAACUUAACUCUCUCACUCUGUCAAUAAUAGCAUCUUCGGCGUUCGGUCAAGCAUUUGAAACAAAUGCCAAAGCAAAAGAUGUAAUUUUGAAUUCUGCAGUUAGUGUUCUCGAUGCUAUAUACUAUCGAUCGGCUGACGUGCCGAUUAAUCAAAUGCCAUUUCUGAAUAAACUACCGUUAUUUAAAAAGCAAGUGAUUGAUCAAGGCUCAAAACGAAUAGCGGAAAUUGUUCAACAAAUGGUGAAUGAGCGAAGAAUGGGCACAAAUCAGAGUUUGUGUAAUGGAAAUGAUUUGUUAGAUUUACUAUUAACCGCUCGAGAUCAGGACGGAAAAGGAUUUAAUGAGCAAGAGAUUAAAGACGAAGCAAUGGCAUUUGUCUUAGCUGGUCACGAGACAACGGGAAAUCUGAUGGUUUGGUGCAUGUAUAUUCUCAUGACUCAUUCAGACGUUUAUCAAGACUGUUGCGAUGAAGUUGACCGAGUUUUGAAAGAUCAACCGCUAAAUAAUGCACAGUUGAACGAGCUUCAUAUUAUCGAAGCUGUUUUGCAAGAGACACUGCGGCUUUAUCCACCAGCACCUUUCAUUGUUCGUCAGUGCAUUUAUGAGCACUCCAUAGGAUCUGGAGAAAAUCAGAUUCGUCUUCCAGUGGGAGCAACAGUGCUCUUGAACACUUAUGCUCUUCAUCGCUCAGCACAAUACUGGCGCGAUCCCCUGUCAUUCGACUAUAAACGAUGGAUGAGAAAUGUGGACGGUGUGAAGCCAAAACUCUCUCAUCCGUUUUGCUAUUUACCCUUCUCAGCAGGAAAUCGGAACUGCAUCGGACAAAAUUUUGCCAUGUUAGAAGCGAAAGUCAUAUUGGCCAUGUUAGUCCAACGUCUACAUUUUGAAAUUGUUCCAGGACAGAAAAUAGUACCGAUAUUGCGGAUUACAAUGAAAACAAAGUAUGGUCUACAGGCGAAAAUUACUAGGCGAUUUUAG